CAGAGUAGUGCGGGAUCCACUAACUCUUAAAUCAAAAGGAUACGGAUUUGUAUCAUUUGUUAAAAAGUCGGAAGCCGAAACAGCUAUAAAUGCUAUGAAUGGUCAGUGGCUGGGAUCCCGUUCAAUACGAACCAAUUGGGCAACAAGAAAACCACCAGCCACAAAACCCGACAUAAAUGCGAAGCCACUAACUUUUGAUGAAGUUUACAAUCAGAGCAGUCCAACCAAUUGUACUGUGUACUGUGGUGGAAUCAAUGGCGCGCUUUCUGGCUUUCUUAAUGAGGAUAUCUUGCAGAAAACCUUUGGUCCUUACGGUACUAUACAGGAAAUACGCGUAUUUAAGGACAAGGGAUAUGCAUUUGUCCGAUUUUCCACCAAGGAAGCAGCAACACAUGCAAUUGUGGCCGUCCACAAUACGGAAAUAAAUCAACAACCUGUCAAAUGUGCGUGGGGUAAGGAGAGUGGCGAUCCAAAUCAUAUGUCGGCUAUUGCAGGCCAGGCACUCAGCCAAGGAUUCCCAUUUACCUCAGCAGCAGCAGCUGCAGCUGCUGCCGCAGCUUAUGGACAACAAGUUGCAGGUUACUGGUAUCCACCAGCACCAACUUUUCCGGCUGCUGCACCAGCUCCACCAAGUGCUAUACAGCCAGGUCAAUUUUUGCAAGGCAUGCAAGGCUUUACAUAUGGGCAAUUCGCUGGAUAUCAGCAAGGAUAUAUGGGAAUGGGUGUGCAAAUUCCGGGUACUUGGCAAGGUGUUCCUCAGCAAGCACCCUUAGCUGGCACCACCGCUCCCCAAAUUGCACAAAGUGUCGGUAGUGCUUUACCACAAACUGCUGGUGUAGUAGCAUAUCCAAUGCAGCAGUUCCAAGUUAGCCCACAGUUGGCUACUGAUGAUGAAUGGUUAGCACCGAGUUUAUUAGUGUAGCUUCCAAGAUGGACUACAAUUGCAGCUACAGCAGCAACCACAAUGACGAAACCUACAUCACCAAUCACGACAUCUACACCAACACAACAUUUUACCACCAAAACAACAAUUAUGCCAACGACUGGAUUA